CAAGCUCUGUGAGUGCCAAACACUGAGUUAUGGGCUGGAUUGCUACCAGUACAUCAUGAAGAUUGACUUUAUUUUUGCUCUCCCAAGGAUCACGUAUCUUAUGAAUUCACUGUCUCCUCCACCUCACUGCUGCCUCCAUCAAUAUUGUUACCACUUCUAGGAAAACUGAACUUGAGGCUUUGCCUUCAACUCAGCCUCUUCUCUCUCCUUGGAACAACCAGUAUCACCUUCGUGUACUACCAGAACAAACCCCUGUGGGUUAUUUUGCCCUUCACAAAGCACAUCGCCUGGAGAAAUCACUUCAUAUUCCCUUUCCUUCUGGGAUAAAGGCCUCCAGAUCUUAAAGGACAGUUGAAAUCUUUCCUUGAAGAGGAGACAUUUUCUCUCAGCUACGCGCACUUGCUGUCUCUCUUUCCACCUACUCUCCCUUUCUCUGUCCCUUUCUGCUUUCCUCCUUCUCCUGUGGGAUUUAUCAGCUUUGGUGUUGACUGCUGGGGUUAUCAUUGCAGUACUGUGGCUUUUGUUUUCCUCCUAGGGAAGAGUUGGUUCUUGAAACAAUGGGCUUCACUCUCCACUCUAUCUACUUCACCUUGAAGGUGAGUUUGCUGCUGGGCCCCUUGCUGGGUCUCUGCUUGGGUCUGGAGUUCAUGGGCAUCCCUAACCAGUGGGCCCGCUACCUCCGCUGGGACGCCAGCACCAGGAGCGAGCUCAGCUUCCAGUUCAAGACCAACGUCUCGGCCGGGCUGCUUCUCUACUUCGAUGACGGCGGUGUCUGUGACUUCCUCUGUCUGUCCCUUGUGGAUGGGCGCAUCCAGCUCCAGUUCAGCGUGGACUGUGCUGAGACUACGGUUAUUACAGACAAGCAGGUCAAUGACAGCAACUGGCACUUCCUCAUGAUCAGCCGCAACCACCUUCGGACGGUGCUAGUGCUGGAUGGCGAAGCCAAAGCGGGUGAAGUGCGUCCACAGCGCCAGUACAUGAACAUCGUCAGUGACCUUUUUGUGGGUGGAGUGCCCUUAGACAUCCGUCCUGCAGCCUUGACACUCGAUGGUGUUCUGAGUGAGCCUCCGUUUCAAGGAUUUAUCCUGGAUCUGAAAUAUGGCAACUCUGAGCCACAGCUCCUGGGCAGCCAAGGGGUCCGGCUGGACAUGGAGGGGCUCUGUGCAGAAAACCCCUGUGAAAACGGUGGCACUUGCUUUCUUCUGGACGGCGAGCCACACUGUGACUGCUCAGCCACUGGACAUGCUGGCAAACUCUGUUCUGAAGAUGUCAAUCAUAUUCCAGGCCUCGCACACCUGAUGAUGGGUGAACAAGGUAGAAGCAAAG